AGAACCGAACAGAGUGUGACGGGAAACAUGGCAACCGCACUGCGUAUCGCAGUGCCCUCUUGCUCCGCCUCCUGUUAAGGCCAAGCGAUAGCUUGCCGAGCGGACGUAACUCCGCAGUCAGUUACAGUGAGUGAAAGGAAUAACAGUUAGCUGUUCCGUGUUGGAGACUUGGCGGCCAUGUUCUGUGCGUGGAGUGGUGACGGCUGGUGCCAGGAUGCCUGAGUGGCGGGCGGUAUGGUUCAGGCGUGGUGGUUCCCCGGUCUGUGGGCUGUGCUGCUGGUGAGAGCCGAGAGGGUACCGCAGUGGGUGGGCAACGUGUUGGCGCCCACAGACGAAGUGCCAUCCGUGCCACUGGAUUGCCAGGACGCGGAGUGCAUCUGCAGCGAAGUACCCGGAAAGUUGGUUGUGUGUGAUGGAGGUUCCGGUUGCAAGCAGUUUCCGUCCGGCCUCAACACGACGGCACCCGUUGUUCAGGUUCAGAACACUGGCAUCACGACGCUUCAGAAUGGAGAUCUGGCCAACUUGACGCACCUAGAGGAACUCGAAAUAGAUCACAAUAAUAAUCUCUCCGUCAUAAAACCUUGGACUUUCGAAGGGUUGAGCUCUCUCAGAAACCUCUCAAUUUCCUACAACGAAAACCUUACAUAUCUCGAAGCAGGCGUGUUCGGUAGUUUGCACAGUCUCAGGGAACUUCGUAUGAAGAAAGAUGGUUUCUUUGAUAUGGGCUUAAUAGCACCAGCCCUGGGCCCAUCUUCACUGCCAAAUCUUCAGAAGUUAAUACUGGAUGAGAACCCAUUCCAGAAGAUAGAGUCCAAGGAUUUGGUUCCCAUGAAUGGAUCUUCUUUGCAGCGUCUACACCUGAUCGCCUGCCAACUGGAAUUCAUCCACCCAUCAGCAUUGGUUCCGUUACGACACCUCAGGGCGUUACUUCUUGGGCAGAAUACACUCAACAGCAGCACCAUCACCGAAUUGGUGUCACACUUGACAGACGAAGGAAUUCCUCUCUAUCUCCUCAACCUUUAUGGGAUGGGUUUCCUCAAACGUCCGCCGACGGAUUUGAUGGAAGCAGUGUCGAAAUCUAACAUCACUCACCUCGUAUUGGCGCGCAACCAGUUCCAGAAGCUGAAACCUGGAUCAUUUCCUACGAUGCCUCAGCUACAGUAUCUAGACCUCAGAGAAAUUGUAGCCACGGAUCUGAAACCUGGUACUCUAUCGCCCAGAGUUAUGCCCAAACUCAAGACCUUACUGUUCGGUGGGAAUAUGUUACCAGGUGUAAUACCUGGAGUGUUGGUCCCACAGUUGGAAUCGUUAGACCUUUCAGCAAAUUAUGGGGACCCUCGUACUCGAUCGUAUUUUGAUAUCGGUGAAGGAAGCUUUGAGAACAUGACAAAUCUAUCGUUUCUAAAUCUUUCAUAUAAUAAUCUCAGGCGAAUAUCAAGGCAGACUUUCACAGGUCUGGAGAAUUUAAGUAGACAUCUUGGCUUGAAGAAUGCUUCUAUAUACCACUUGGAAGAGGGUUCUUUUGAGAAUCUGGGGAAACUAAAAUUCCUGAACUUGGAAUAUAACCCAUUUCCAAAGCUGUAUAAUCUUACAGCGGCUAUGUUUCGAGGUCUUCAUAACCUCAGAGUGCUUCUUCUCAGUGGUUGUAGUAUCAGUUUUCUGCCAUCUGAUGUUUUCAGCUAUCUGCCGAACCUGGAGUACCUCAUACUUCGUGACAAUCACCUAUCCACCCUCAGUCCUAUCUUAUUUGCACCCCUUACUCAUCUGAUCGGUAUAGACCUGUCAGACAACCAAUUAGCUUACACAAAAAAUACAAGUUACAGAUUAUUUGAAAACAAUUCUGAACUUGAAGUAGUAUUCCUUUCAAGAAACAAGUUCACAUCUCUGAAUCCAUUUAUGCUUGAAGAUGCAGCAUUCCUAACGCGCUUGGAACUCUAUGAUAAUAAUUUACUGUGUCAGUGUGCCCCAUUUUUAUCAACGAAAAAGUGGCUUAAAGAACACAAUUUUACCCUUGAAGACAUGCACAUAGCUGGGCUUUCAACACUUCCUUGUUUCUCUCCUGAUGAGUGGAUGAACAAACCUGUAGUUGAAUACAUUGAUUCCCUUACGGACAGCUGCUUGUUACCUCCUGGUGAAGAUCGAGCCUUGAUUUGGAUUAUGGUGCUUCUUGUCAUGUUCCUUGUUUUAAGUUCUUUAUUGGCGACUGUUGCAUAUUAUUAUCGCUCUUACAUCCGUUAUUGGAUAUUCAUCGCUCGUAUGGAUAUUCGGAGACUUGGUCUCAGGAGACAGGACUGUGAAGGAUAUAAAGAACAUCAAUACGAUGCCUUUGUAUCGUACAGCAAUGAGGACCGUAACUUUGUAGUGAGACUUGUGGCCAUGUUGGAAAAUUAUGAACCUUUCUUGAAGCUUUGUGUGUAUGAGCGUGAUUUCGAGAUAGGGGCAGUGAUUUCAGAGUCAGUGCUGCAGAGUGUUGCCUUGAGUCGGAGGACGUUGCUCGUGAUUAGCGACGCCUUCGCCAGGUCGCAGUGGUGUCGCUGGGAACUGCAGCUAGCGGAGCAUCAUCGACUGUUCCUAAGGGAUGAUAAUGAGGGCGGAGACCCCCUGAUAAUGAUUAAGUUAGGGCAAGUUGCAGAGGCACACAUGACUCCAACGUUGAGAUAUUUAUUGAGAACACGGAUAUACUUAGAAUGGGAUUCAGAACCCAGAAAACAGCGACAAUUCUGGGACAAACUUCGUACCGCUCUGGCCCCACCACCCGUAAGCAUAGCAACUACAACGAAUACCCAAUAAAGUGCAAUAUUUAUGCCUAUAUUUUGGCAAAUCUGGUAUUUUUUUAGUCUGGAAGGAAUCCCGGCUCCGAAUAACGAAGUGGUGAUAGUGUUCAACGGAAUACCAAAGACUUGGUGUGAUAAAGGACAGUGGUGAACGAGUCGUGGCCAACCGAAAUUCUUAAUGUUAUCUGCUGGCUAAUAUCAUGAAUGCAAAAUGUUCAUGUACUGAAAAGUUUGUGAAAAAUGAGCGGUGAUAAGAUUCUCAGCCAUUUUCUUGCAUGCAUGAAGUAAAAAAAAAAACGUUUUAGCUAUCACAAUAUCCUGUACCAUACUUCAUACAAAAAUUCUCUAUACUGAAGACUACUAUCUUCUGGGAAUCCAUUGGGUAUCGGGGGUUCUUUCCUAGGAAGUAAAGGGCCAGGGGCGUGAAGAUUACCAGUCAUCUCCAGCUAGUACAGAGUUCAAGAAUGGUGGAGCUAUAUCUCCACUCCCCCAUACGUCUUCAUGGCAUUGUACUUAAUUAAUCAAGCACAGAUACAACUUUACCUUUUUAUCUUCUAUGAUAGGACACCAUGCACUCUGGUAGAAGUUUACAGACGUUUCUGAAGGUUGUUCUACCUCCAUCGUCAGGGUCGAAUAAUAAACCAGAAAAUAAAGCAGCAAGUGACAAACACCCGGCUACCCUACUACACGGCGUCAUAUGCCAGAAGAUGGUACUCUUCAUAAUCACAGAUAUGAGAGCAUCAGUUCCAACACAAUACAAUAUUGCUAAUUGAAGUCUUAACUAAAAUUAUAAUGAAUAAAAUUUCUCUUCAUUAUAGUUCAGUCAA